GUUCAUGAUUGAAUUGGAUAUUGACGUUAAAGUGCCUAGAUUAUCAAAAAAACAAACCAACCGUGCUAACCAUCCGGCAAAAACAACAGAAGAAUAUUAUCGAGUUUCUGUUUAUAUACCAUUACUUGAUAGCGUUAUUGAAGAUUUAAAAUUACGAUUCUUGAGUAAAGAAAAUAAGUUGUUAUUGAAUCUAUGCCUGUUAGUUCCACGAUACAUUGUAGAUAUUACUAGUGAAGAUUUUAAAAACAUAAUUGAGGCUGCCACAAAAUUAUAUAAUUUCAAUGAAACAGAACUUGAUGAUAAAUUGGAACUACAGACAGAAUUGGAACUAUGGAAAACAAAAUGGCAGGGUGUAAAAAAUGAAGGCCAGGAACUUUGUCAAGACGCUUUGUUAUCAAUUGAUAACUGCAAUUCUAUUAUAUUCCCUAAUGUGCACAAAUUAAUAUAUAUAAUCGCUUCUCUGCCUAUUAGUGUUGCUUCUGCUGAACGCAGCUUCUCUACUCUUAGAAGGUUAAAAACUUGGCUGAGAUCAAAAAUGGGCCAGGAUCAGCUUACAGGGUUGGCAUUAUUAAACAUCCAUAGAUCCAUAGAAAUAAAUGUUGAUGAUGUAAUUGAUCGAUUCACAAGUCUUAAAAAAAGAAAUAUAGAUUUUGUUUUGUAA